CUGAGGCGUCGAGGUGUCGAAUUAACCCUCGGCAAAAAUACUCAAUACUUCGCUAUGGCUUGUAUCUUCGGAGUCAUAACAAUCUCAUCACAAACAAUAGACCACAAUUGAUCUCCGAGGAAGAUGCGGCCAACGUCUGCCUGUUCAUCAUGUCGCUUCCGCAAGCGCAAAUGCAUGGUCCUCGCACCAGGGAAGCCAGGUCACCUAUGUAGCUCGAAAAAUUGGCUGUGUGACCUUCAGGCCUUGUCGGUUUCAGUUUCAAUAAGCAGGAAUCCUGAUUUACAGCCUGAGAGCGACCAAACAUUCUACAACAAGCUACCCCAAGAUGUAUGUAAUGAGCUUGCUGAUCUCUACCUCAAGCUGGUCCACACCAAGCAGUAUACUUCUUCCACCAUCACACUAUCAUCCAAGAACAACGCCAGGGUCGAGUUCCAGCCUAUUUACUUCUGGCUAUAGUCGCAUUAUCGGCCCGGGCAGACUCUCCCCUCACCCUUUCUUUCAGCAUGUACUACCGUGUAAUCGUGUUCGGCCAUUUCUACAGCAGGCUGUGUUAGCUUUCGAGAUGCACAACAGACCAAUCAAUAUACCAUCUCUGCAGGG